UCCACCAAUCAGAGGCCAGCGCGCUCGCCGCCAUGUUUCUCUCGGUUUCUUAAGGGACUCGGGGUUGUGCGGGACAUUAUUUUUGUGGAAAGGUUUUCAUGGGAUUUUAGCGAGGGCGGAGUUGCGACGCCCGCGACCGAAAUGGCCUCCGAAGGGCCGCGAAAGUACCGGGAGAGGAGGAGCAGGAGCGACAAGCCCUACGACAGGCCAAGGGGAAUAAUCCGGAGAGUGACUGACUCAGUGACAGGUUUGUUCUCGUCAUCUUGGCUCUCUGGAUGGCUAGGGGCUGAAGAUGAGGAAGAAGGCAGUGAACAGCAGGGGAGGAUGGCACCUCCAAAGACCUCAACAGUCCCUCCUCCUGGAGAGUCCUUCAUCUUCUCCCAACCAGUCACAGCGAGGAGGUCCUUCAGGCCGAUCUACCCAGAGGAAGGUGAGACUGAGAGUAACAGCCAGCAGUCCUUGGGUGUCAAUGAGGGGGCCAGCACCAGCAGUGGGAUGCGGAUGACCCUACCAACAGCCACUUCCUCGGGCCUCUCAGCCUCCACUAGCAGAUCACUAGGGAGUGAGACACCAAGUCCAUCAAUCCCUGUGAGAAAGCUGCCUAUUAUUUCUUCAACACCAGCACCCAUGUUCACAGCUCGCACCAAGAGCCACUUGGAGCCACGUCCGUUGCAGCUCCUAACCAGUUCAACGCCUACAGGGGAUGAUGGCAGUGAAAUGAGUGAGUCCUCAAUAGAUACAGGCGUCGAUGCCUCAGUCAUUCCCCGACCAGAUGAGAGAGACUACCAACAGGAAAUACUCCAGCUGGAUGAGGAGUCACUGCAGACACUACGUGAUACACUUACCAAGUCGGCUCCUGCGCCACCAGCUGUCCAGCCUGCUACAGUCCUCCCUUCCUUGGAUGAGACUCGGAAGAGACCCCGGGAUGUAGAACCAGAUCACACAAGUAUACGUGCAGAGGGAAGUACCAGCAGUAGGUCCCUCUUUAGUGAAGCAGGGGAGCCAGCCAUUGGGACACCUCAGCCCUCAGGGUUAGCUAACAAGAGGCCGCGUUUUAAUGUUUCUACCUAUGGGUCUCCUGUUGUAGGUGACAGAUCUGUGCUCAGUAAUUCUACGUUUAAAUCUUCACCUUUCUAUCCGGGGAAAACUAUGUAUGGUGGAGCUUCUGCCUAUAGAAGAAAUAGAUUGCAGUCCAGAACUUCCCACCAGACUGCUCGUGUUCAAGUCAAAAACAAGUCGGCAGAGUCUUCAGAUGACGGUGGACUCAGCCAAGCUGCCCGCCGCAUCCUGGACAGCUUAGAGCAGAUGUCGACACCCAUAUCAGAUGCCAAGCGGAUACCCACCCCUACUCCAGGGCAGAGGGGUAGUUUCCUGGAUGCAGCACCCUCAUAUACAGCCUCUUUUUAUAAGCACAGGCCGAAUUUAAGAUCUGCACCUCCAACCUCAAAGCUUCUUACUCCAACAAAACUCCCUGUUCAGGAAAACUUAUCAAAAAGUUUUUUAAAACCUUCUGCAAGCCCCUCUAUCAGCACUUCUACUGCAUUCACCUCCUCCUCCUCGUCAACCCUUAAGAGAACUGUGGAGGAACCCAGGCAUAUGGAGAUGAUAAUACAGGAGGAAGAGAAGGAGAAGAAAAACAGCAGCAGUAGCAGCAGCAUUGCAACAGUUAAGACAAAGGAGGUGUCUGAAUCAACCACACUCACCUCUUUCCCGGCCCCAACCCCAGCUGCCAGUUCCACCUUCUCCAAAGCUGCUGCAGAGGCAGUCAGCAAGUUCAAGAGUGUACCCACCACCACUACCCCCCUGCCAGCCCUCUCUUCACCAGGCGUGUUCAAGUUUGGACUGGCCAGUAGCAACAGUGCCUCAAAGCAAACACAGGAUCUUGUGACAAAGGCAACGCCUGUCAUGAGUGAUUCACCCCAGACUCUUAAGGAUGGUGGCGGAAAGAUGAAGUCAAAGGUUGUCGAGAGUGGAAGAAUCUCCAGCAAACAGGAGGAAGAUGUGGUUUCUGAAGAGUCCAAGCUCCCCACAGUCCCUCUGACCCUAUCUUCACUCCCCAAAAUCAAUUUGCCUCUCACUGUCCCUGCAGCAGGGACCCCAGCCAGUAGCAGUGGCAUGGCUUCAGGCUUCAGGUUUUCCAUCCCAGAGGUGGUGGAUACACAGGCAGCUGCCUCCGAGACCAUGACCAAUGCCCUAACCUUCACUUUUAGUAGUCCGGCGUUAGUUAAUGAGGAGAGCAAAGCCACUAACCAGUCUUCUAGUUCUUCUUGUAGCAAUCUUUCCUCAACAAUGAUGUUUAAUAGCAGCAGCCCAAGCUUUGCCCCUAAACUUAAGGCUACUGCUAAGAAGGAGGCCAUGCCUAAGGCACCUAAGCUCCAGGCAGGAAGUAUCCUGGACAUUCUGAAGCCGAAAGGAGGUACCCCAGAGAAGCUUGUUGCUGGGAUUGCCUCUCCUUCACUGCAAAAUAGGAUUGAAGAGAAGUUCAAUGCAUUUGGUAGUCCUAAAGUUUCCAGUGAAAGUAUCAAGCCGGUGGUAGAACAGACUGUUAAUAAUGUUGUUGAGAAAACUAGUGUUUCACAAGGGUUUGAGGGAUUUGGUGGAGCCUUCAAGAAGUCAAGUGAGGAAUGGGAGUGUAGUGUAUGUAUGAUCAGGAACAAAAACUCGGCAGAAAAAUGCGUCGCAUGUGAGACUGCAAAACCGGGGAAAACUUCAUCACAUGGUAUCCAAACUAAUGCAUCUGUCUUUAGUAAUACAGAUCCUACCCCAACUAUUACGGGUAAUGGAACAGACUGGGGCUCAGCCUUCAAGAAGUCUAGCAAUGAAUGGGAUUGUGAUAUGUGCAUGUUACGAAACAAAGACUCGGUGGACAAGUGUGUUGCAUGUGAAACCCCCAGGCCAGGGAGCAAAGCAAAACAGGCCCCAUUAGCGGAGUCAAAACCAUUGGAUGGAAAGGAGGAGAAGGUGAAUUUUGGGUUUGGCUCAGCCUUUGCCAAGGCCAAGGGGGAGUGGGAGUGCGAUACAUGUUUAGUUCGCAACAAAAGUGAAGCUACGAAGUGCAUAUCGUGUGAGACUCCAAAGCCUGGUGCUGCUAAUAUUUCUCAAGCCAUAACAGGAAACUUUAAGUUUGGUGUAAAUACAAAUGACUCUUCUUCCACAAGUAGUAGUUUUAAGUUUGGUUUAGACAACUCACAGACUGAAGUAAAAUCUAAUAGUGGUUUUGCAUUUGGGGUUAGUGCCAAAAGUGCUGAAGACACUAAUAGUAAAGAAAGUUCUGGAUUUAAAUUUGGAAUUGCAUCAGAGAAGCCAAGCUUAGGGAUGGACUCCAAUAGUGAGAGUGACAAGUCGAAGGAGAAAAGUGCAAGUGCCAGUAGUGGUAUCAGUUUUGGCUUAAAGCCAGAUGAAUCCAAGGGCAAGCAGUUCCCUGUUCCAUCAAUGAACUUCACCUUUUCAGCUCCUAAUAAGCCUGCUAGUAGUACAGAAACUGUAAAUACCAAACCUAGUUUCACAUUCAGUUCUGGGAGUGAAACUGUGGCAUCCUUCAAUUUUGGAGCCACAGAAACAAAAGCUAAGCAAGCCGCAGGAGAAGGUCAAGCUAAAACUUCAACAGAGAUAAAGCCAGCAUCAGAGAUUAAGAGUGGGAGUGUCUUGGAUGUAUUGAAGGUGAAAGACACAAAGGCGAGUGAGGUGUUCAACUUCGGCGCCAAGCUUGAGAAGGUCGAUGGAGGCGUGCCAAAACCCUCAUUUGCCUUCAACAAUGCUGUGUCGACCUCCACAAAAGCAGGUGAUUCAAAGUCUACAUCAGACCCAGCUGUGCCAAGUGGCACUUUCACUUUUGGUGCUAAUGGAAAAGAAAGCAGUGCAGGAUCCACUACUGUCAUUGCUACAACUGCACCUCUCUUCACCUUUGGUGAUAAGGGGUCAGGCACUAGUACUGCACCUUCCUUUGCUUUCAAUACUGCCCCUGCGAAGGAGGAGUCCAAGACCACGCCAGCCUUCUUUAGCGGGAAGAGAGAGAACUCUGACUCUAGUGAGCCAGCAAAGAAGAGUGUCUUUGGAGGGUCAGCCACCAGCAUCAACAAUGGGGUAGGUGCAACACCCUCUCUGUUUAACUUUGGUAGCAAGGAGAAUAAACUGGCUUCUGGUCCAGGAUUUUCAACACCAUCAGCUACUCCAGCAUUUGGGGCCCCAACUCCAGCAUCCAAUGCUACUCCCAACUUUCAAUUUGGGAAUAGCAACCCACCUGCUCCAGCUGCUACAGCACCCCCAGCCUUUGGAAACCCUGCUCCUGCUUUUGGUAGUCCAGCCCCAGCAUUUGGCAGCAACAACAACAACUCGACCCCAAGCUUCACCUUUGGUCAGCCACCUGAGAAGAAGCAAAGCACAGGAUUUGACUUUGGGCAGACGCCUUCCAAUGCCCCAACCCAAGGGUUCAACUUUGCAGCUUCAACUGGGACACCUGGUGUAUUUCAGUUUGGACAGAGUCAAGCUAAUAGCACCCCUUCUAGUGGAUUGUUCCAGUUUGGUUCAGGAAACACUCCUGUCCAACCAGCCCCCUCAUUUGGUGGUGGAGGUGACAAUCCCUUCAGUGCCCCUGCACCUCCUAGCGGUCGCGUCAUGAAAAAGGCCGUGAGACGUACCCGCAAGCCGUGAUGAGGGCUCAGUAGCAGAAGGGUUUUCUUACCAAACGUGUCUUUAAAUUAUUUGUUCCAUGCAUUUUAUUUUUAAUGGAUUCUGGGUCUAUUCCUCUGUUUCUGUUUUCAUUAUUUAUAAAAUGAAGGUCUUUAAUAAAAAGAAUUUAUAUAUAUACACAUGCUGUCGCUUAGGCUAAAAAGAAAGAGGUGCUUUAACAAUGAGCGUUUUAUCAUUCUUUCAUACCUCCCUCUCCACUUUCUUUCCCUCAUUUUGUUUGCUCUUAUUUUAUCCUUUUUCCUUCAUCAUUUUGUAGAAAUAUGCCCUUUUUUCCAACUUGAUUUUCCAUGGUCAUUCAAUUAGGAUACAGGUCGAACAAAAUGCUUGAUGUAGGAAAGCCUAAUGUAUUAUUUGCUUUUACAUUUUGUUCCAUAUUGUGAUACAAGAAGCUGAACUGCAAAGAUGUCUUGAUAUAUUGCUUAGAGAUUCUGCUUUUUUCUUUAAUUUUUUCUUAUGUAACUUCAGUUGUUUUUAUAAAAAAAAAAUAGCAAAAACUUACUUAGUAUUAAUAAAAGAAAAAAAAAGUAUACCCAGUCAGUCAGACCUUAUUUUAAAUGAUAAGAACAAAAGUUUCAAAAACAAUGUGGAGGGAAUACUUUUAGUGGGAUUGACUGCUUUUUUUUUUCUCUCUUUUUUCUUUUUUAUCACAAUUUUAUACCAGUGAAUGCUUACAAUAAAAGAGUGGGUAUCUCGUGGUUGGUACAAUUUGGGAUUUAAAAUAGUUUUGUAGAAGCUACAUAGAUACAUACAUUAACAUCAUGUUGGGAUCUGUGUCAGAGAAUAAGCUACAAGUGUAUAUAGACUCGAUAUCCACCCUGGAGUGUAAUCUAUCAUGCAUCUCAUAUUGUGUGUCUAACUAGAAGAGGGUCUUUUAAAAACUGUGAAACAACUUCUAUGUUAUAUCUUUCAGCAGCAGGGAAGAGUAUCUAGUAAUUAAAAAAUAAAAAUAAAAAAAAUGUGGCAUCGUGUGAGGACUUUAGGUGUUAUCAUACCCCCCUCCCACACACUUGUGUAUGUAAAAACCUGUCAACUUGGAUUCCAACAGUUUCCUCCCCCCUGGGACGUUGCAGCUAAAUUUCACCUGCCUAUGAAGGGCAGGUAAGGACGACAAUUUAGUUUAUUUUUUUAUGCUAAAAGUUUAAAAAGUGGGAAAUAGCACAAAUUGGAAUUAAAGAACAUUAAUGCAACAUAAGGGUACCAUGGGAUGGAAAAUUGCUUAUGUUAGUAUGUUUCCUUUUGCACAGGAAUGAUUAUUUUGUUAAUUGCUUCAAUAUUCACAAGAGACAUGGAAGCCAAACAUUUGGACUCCUGGCUCUUUAAAUAUGAAAAAAAUAUAUAAAUAUAUCUAAGUGCUAUGAACAUUCUGUGUACAUACAGAAGGCUUAUUAGGCCUCUCUGGUAACAUUGUUUCUGUUUCUUGUUAGGGAGAACCUUGUUGAAUAUUUUAUAUGCUGUGUCCAUAUUUGCUGGACGUGUUACUGUUCUCAUUAGGAAUGUUCAUGGUUCUCAUGUCGCACAGGUUUAUUCCAACGUCUUGCUCUCAAAGGCUGUACAUUUUUUAAUAAAUAAAUAGUGCAGAUAAAACUAGCAUUUUAUGUUUUGGUGUUUGCUCUUGUGGGUGAUAAUGAGGCUCUGUCACAGUAGCCUGAAAUACUUUUAUGUUUUAUAUAAUAGAGGUUACAGCCAGCAGUAUCACCUGCAGGCGGAGACUGUCCCCUCAUGUCACCAAGCAACAGCAUUCGCCACCUGUAGUGUUGUUGCUCAUGCCAGACGCAAGGCCUCUGCAAGACGCGGCAAGUGUGCGCUUAUAUGAAUAAGUGAUGUAAAUAGAAUACCCAGGCAGGCUCACUCCUUAAAACUGUACAUGAACACUUCAUCAGUGUAGAAUACUUGACGGACAUGCUGCGUGUGAUUUUUUGGAGGAUGUAGGCGUGACUUUGUGCCGUGUGGCUGGUUGUGAGAUGCGGAAUCUACCGCCCCUUGUCUUGUCCUGUCUGUUGGAUCCUUGAGAAGUAUAUAAUUGUAAUUAGCUCUAUGAUUAAUAUUAUUUUAUAUUGAUGUGACUUUGACAUGUACAAAGCCGUGAAGUGUGAGUGUGUGAAGGAAGGAGUUAGACUGCUCAGUGUAUGUGUCCUCGGUUUUGCAUUACUAAGUGUGAGCGUGAAAUGUUCAAUAAAAGAGCAUUCUAUACUGCAAA